AUGAAAUUCAAAAAAGGAGGAGAUGAGCUCAAACAUGCAUUUGAUGGAGCUUCGAAAGCUUACACUAUAGAAGAAUUUGAGAAAUGCAUGCAAGAUUUGGACAACAUUGACUUAAGAAUAAGAGAUUUCUUGGCCAAUGAAGUUGGAUAUGAUAAAUGGACAAGGCUAUACAGCAUGAAUAAAAGAUACAAAACAAUGACAUCAAACAUAGCAGAGUCAGUGAAUGCAGCUCUCAAAUCAGUAAGAGAAUUACCAGUUGCAACCUUACUAGAAUGUCUACACUCUUUGGUACAAAGAUGGUAUUGGGAAAACAAAAAUAGAGCCUUGAAAACGGACACUACUUUGGCAAAUAUUCCAGAAAAGGCUCUCAAGAAACAAAGAGAAAUGGGCUUAAAAUACAAGGUUGAGACAGCUAACCUUCUUGUAUACAAAGUGCACGAUUAUACAAGCUCCUACAUAGUAAAUCUGGAAAACAAAACAUGCACGUGUCAGAAGUUUGACUAUGACGAAAUGCCUUGCUCGCAUGCAAUGGCUGUACUAGCCAAAAGAAACUUCUCUUGCUACAAAUACUGCUCCUACUACUACACUAAAGAAGCUUUCAUGUCAACAUAUGAGGAUAGCAUACUUCCAUUAGGUGAAGCAACAUCAUGGAAUAUACCAGAGGAUGUGAAGAAUAUCACAGUACAUCCACCAAAAUAUAAAAGACCAGCUGGGAGGCCAAAGAAAGAUAGAUAUAAAGGAGCAAUGGACACAAAAACAAAAGUCAAGUGUGGGAAAUGCAACCAAAAAGGACAUAAUCGACGGUCUUGCAAAAAUGAAGCAAUUCUAAAUCCACUGAAGAGAAGAAAGUUACUUUAG